CGCAUCACCAGUACUGCGGACUGACUGACUGAGCUGGACGUCUCCUAGAGGAGUGGGGAAAAAAUCAAUAAAUCUUCCAGAUUCUGCGGGGGUUUAUCUUAUAAUUAGCUCGGUUCGGCCUCUUGGAGGCUAAAACACGCAGGAAUCCUGGAAGCACCCGGAGAACCGCGGAUAUCCACGCGGCAAGGAUGCUUCAUGACCCACAGUAGGUGUGAGGACAUGGCGGCGGAGCCUCCGGCGGCCCCCGGCCGGGUGCUGCUGGUCAAGAAGAUCAUCAUGAAGGACGGAGCGGUGCCGCAGCAGGGCAUCGGCCGGCCCAGCGUCUACCACGCUGUGGUGGUGAUCUUCCUGGAGUUCUUCGCCUGGGGUUUACUCACCACGCCGAUGCUCACCGUUCUGCAUGAAACAUUUCCCCAGCACACGUUCCUGAUGAACGGCCUGAUCCAGGGAGUGAAGGGUCUGCUGUCCUUCAUGUCCGCCCCGCUGAUCGGAGCGCUGUCAGACGUCUGGGGACGACGGUCCUUCCUCCUCAUCACCGUCUUCUUCACCUGCGCUCCCAUCCCUCUGAUGAGGCUCAGCCCCUGGUGGUACUUUGCCAUGAUUUCCAUGUCUGGAGCGUUCUCCGUCACCUUCUCCGUUAUCUUCGCCUACGUUGCUGAUGUGACGGAUGAGAGGGAGAGGAGCACCGCCUACGGCCUGGUGUCGGCCACAUUUGCAGCCAGCCUGGUGACCAGCCCGGCCAUCGGCGCCUACCUGUCGGCCUGGUACGGAGACAACCUGGUGGUUCUGCUGGCCACGCUCAUCUCUCUGGCCGAUAUCUGCUUCAUCCUGCUGGCCGUCCCCGAGUCACUGCCGGACAAGAUGAGGCUCAACACGUGGGGCGCACCGUUCUCCUGGGAGCAGGCYGACCCGUUUGCUUCUCUGAGGAAGGUGGGUCAGGACUCCACCGUCCUGCUGAUCUGCAUCACCGUCUUCCUGUCUUACCUGCCGGAGGCCGGACAGUACUCCAGCUUCUUCCUCUACCUGAGACAAGUCAUCAACUUUUCCUCCACCACCAUCGCUGUUUUCAUYGGGGUCGUCGGCAUUCUGUCCAUCGUGGCUCAGACGCUCUUCCUCACGCUGUUGAUGAGAUACCUGGGCAACAAGAACACUGUUCUUCUGGGCCUGGGCUUCCAGAUCCUCCAGCUGGCCUGGUACGGCUUCGGAUCAGAACCAUGGUAAGACCGGCCACUGAGAUUAACAACCAGAACUUGACAGAGUUCUGCCUCAUCAUCAGUCAGUCCAGGAUAAACAAACUGAACUCAAAGYUGUCUGACAUUUUCUAAAAGCUUCAGUAAUUUUUCAAACUGUGGAUCUGUUGGAAAAUAUGAGCAGUAAAUAUCCGACCAGCUGCUUGUCAUACAGACUGUUAGCAUGAUUAGCUCAGUUAGCAUUUCUCCUCUCUCCUUUGCACUGUGGUUCUUUAACUGGAUUUUGUAGUUCUCAGAAUAGUUUCCUGUAUUUCUACUAUUUUUAUUUAUAUCUAAAGUUACGACUUAAACCUGGAAAUGACAUGAGACUAAACUGAACCACGAUCCGGAUCAAACUCUGACACUGGGCCACCAUGUUUYCUCUAACUCUGCAGCAACACGUUCACUAGAGACGCAUCCUGCAGGUUUAAUUAUUCAACAUCUGUGGAUUGAUUAAAACUGAUUUUAGUUUCAGAUAUUUAUCACCAUUCAUAAUU